AUGCAAAUCAAAAAAAAGUUGAAGUGCAAUUCCACAGAGGAUCGAAUGCAACAAGACGAAGAGUUUCAUCAUCAAAACGAGUCAUCUUGCUCCAAUUCAUUAGAUUUGGAUUUUGUGAAUGUGAUGUGUGAAUUUUUGGAAAGUAUUUUUCACACCUUGUGUUAUAUUCAUUCCAUUUAUCCAAGAAAAUUAUUUCGGAAAUACAAAACAUUGUUUUUACAUCAACAGGUGUUUAUUUGUGAAUCUAAAUUAGUGAGAAGUUAUCUCAAUGAAUGUGUACUCUCUAUUAAACCAUUUUUGAAAAAUAGACAUGUGGAUUGUAUUUAUUUUCAAGUGAUGAAGGAAUGCACCAUUCUCUGUGAAUAUCUCUUUCAAUUUAAAUAUUAUAAUUCAAAUAAGAAAAUAUCAGAAGAAGAUUUUUCAAAUAUUUAUUUGCAAUUACGAAAUUUUAAUAUUGAACUACAUACCAUGUUUGGAGUUUCACAAGAAUCCAAUCCAAUAGACCAUGGAGAGAAUUUAACAUUCAAGAUUCGGAUGACUUGUCAUGGACUCUCUACAAAACAGUUACAAGAACAUUUGGAUUGGAUUUCAGUUUCUGAAAAUUUCUACUCGCAUUGCGAUCGACCACAAGAAGAAGAAGAAGAACACUUGAAAGAAGGUCAUUCUGAAACCAAUCCAUUAAGUGAAGAGAUUUUAGGUCAGCAGAAUGAGUCGACACGACAUCACUCUCAGCAACAAUUCAAGUUGACUCCUCUUCAACGAUUUUCAUGCCAAUCACUUGCCAUGCAAUUACUAAAAAAGGAGUAA